CCGAGGAGGCCGAGGGAGAGCAAAAAGGAGGCGGUGUGCCUUUGUAGUCUGGGAGGAAUGCGGAAAUGUCCCCGCUCCGUGUCAAACCUCUCUGAAGGGGGUCAGGCCACAUUCAGCCGGCGUGGGAAAGCCAGGCUGAGACGGAGCUCACACACAGGCGAGCGGGCUGCAGUUUGCAUUGGCCUAUCCGGAGAUAUAUGGAAGAGGGAGAAAAAAAAAAACAGAAGAAAGAAAGGAGAAAAUCCAAAGAAGAGCGUGCUUUUGGAGGGCUAUAUCACGCGUUUGCCUUUGUCCUAUGACCCCCCCACCUCUACCCCUCUCCCUUCUCCACACAACCCCAUCCCCGCCACCCCCCACGCACUAAGUUGCGGUGAGAGAGUGUGUGUGAGUUUUCAUACAGCUCCCCACCACCACCCCCCCACUCCCUCCUCCUCCUCCUGCCUCGUUUGAGUGUCUGUGCCUGGGCUGGUGCAGUCUGAAGGGAUGGGGGGUUAGAGCCUGCAACUGCAACUACCUGUGUGGCCCCCGCAUGGAGGACAGUGCACAUAGGGAUGCGUUUGAUGCAGGAGUUGAACAUUUAUCCAAGACACCAAUGCCUCAGCAGCAUUGGAUCGGAUAUGCAGAUGUUACGACCCUUUACUGACAACGUUAAACAAGGCAUUGCAUGUGCCAACUUUUUUCUGUGAAUAUGGCUUUGUGAGGAACUCUCUGGCUCGUCACCCUCGCCGGGAUUCCCCCGCAAUAUUUUCACCAAGAGACGAGAAAAAUACACAUCUGCAAAAAAAAAAAAAAAAAAAGAAAAAAAUGGACAAAGAAACUAUUGGGACUCAGUAUGAGCCUGUGGCCGAGAUUGGAGAAGGAGCUUAUGGGAAAGUGUACAAGGCGAGAGAUUUGAAGAACGGAGGGCGCUUUGUAGCCCUAAAAAGAGUUCGUGUCCAGACAGAGGAAGAGGGGAUGCCUCUCUCAACCAUCCGGGAGGUGGCGGUACUGAGGCAGCUUGAGGCCUUUGAGCACCCCAAUGUUGUCAGGUUGUUUGAUGUGUGUACAGUCUCUCGGACUGAUCGUGAAACCAAACUCACUCUGGUCUUUGAGCAUGUGGACCAGGAUCUGACCACCUACUUGGAGAAGGCCCCUGACCCUGGGGUACCACCUGAAACUAUCAAGGAUAUGAUGUACCAGCUGCUCCAGGGGCUGGACUUCCUGCACUCACACCGCGUGGUUCACCGUGACCUAAAGCCCCAGAAUAUCCUGGUCACCAGCGGAGGACAGAUCAAACUGGCCGACUUCGGUCUGGCCCGCAUCUACAGCUUCCAGAUGGCACUCACCUCUGUGGUGGUAACACUGUGGUACCGAGCCCCGGAGGUGCUGCUCCAGUCCAGUUAUGCUACACCAGUAGACCUGUGGAGCGUCGGCUGCAUCUUCGCCGAGAUGUUCAGGAGGCGACCUUUGUUUCGAGGAAACUCAGAUGUUGAUCAGCUGGGAAAGAUUUUUGAUGUUGUUGGCGUACCUUCAGCAGAGGACUGGCCCCAGGAGGUGGCUCUGCCGCAGAGUGCCUUCACCCCCAGGCCCCCGAAACCAAUAGAAGACUUGGUUCCAGACAUGGACGAGCAAGGACGGGCCCUUUUAUUGCAAUUCCUUGCCUUCAACCCCUCCAGGAGGAUAUCGGCCUUUGCUGCGCUGAGCCACCCCUACUUUCAGAGCGUGGACAGCCACAGUAGAAGUGUGUAUGCAGCCCAGCCAAUCCCCAGCAACAAACCCACUAUGGAGGAGAGGACUGCCUGAUGGUCCUCCUUCACCUUAAUAUGACAGUGUCUAUAAAAAGUAUUCUGCAAACCCUUCCUCUGGUAUACAUGUUUGGUUUUGUCAGUGUUCAGAGUACAGUAACUAACCUUUUUUGACACCAAAAUGACCCAUAAAUAUAAAACAUCUACAGAAAUCCAUCAUAUAUAGAUGCAGAAGUAUACAACUCAGUUUAUCACAGAUGGCUGUUCUGUGUGUUUCAGAGUUUUUGUCCCAUCAUGCCGUUCUCCUGUAGGUGGAAUGGACCAACAAGCUCAACAGUCCUGAAGACACAGAUGGAUUUAUGAAAACAUCCCUAUAAUCACACACUGGAAGUAGCUGUUUUACUAUAUCGGCCAAAGCAGUCGCUCUGUUUUUUUCUGUCUAUCCGUCCAUCUGUUAGCAAGGUUACACUAAAGCCGCUGCACCAGUUUUCAUGAAACUUGGUGUAAGGGUUGGACAUGGGCAUGGAAACACCAUAGUGUCAAAGUAGGUCCAUACAUUCAGUUUGAAAUGAAAAAUGCACAUAGAGAGCGCUGAUAUCUGAGGUCAGUCAGCUAUUUUUAUUGUUCCGCAAUAACAUUAAAGCACAAAUUAUGUGUUUUCCUUCUUUUUGUCAUGUAGUGCUACUGGUUAGUGGAACCGUCUGUUCCUAUGUUAACAAAAGAUGUAACAGACGUGUUCAUUCACUAGCCUCUGACCUAGGGUUCUCUAGUGCGGAACAUACUUCUAACCUACACCUCCUUUUUGCUCAUCCUUGGCCCAUGCUUACCCUCCCACCAAGUUUCAUGAGUUAUGUGCUACCUAGAAGCUUUAUAGUACUUUUUCUUCUUCUAAUCGGUGUCAAAAAAGGUGAUUUCACUGUUCUUUGUCCAUGUUUUACAUAGAAAAAGCAAACAUGAAAAGACUCAGAAGGAAUACUUUUCGUAGUCAAUGUACAAAGCUCUCGGAAAGAGAAGAUAAAAGUGCUUACAAAAACAGACUCUGACUGCCCCUCUCCCCCCAUUCCCCUGCACAAAAGCUAUCCUCCUUCCAUGAACUGAUGGAUUGUAAAUGCUGCUUCUACGUUGUUCGAUGUUGAUGAUUGACCGUGUAAACAAUGCAAAGACAUUGGCAUCUCAGACUGACUGCUAAGUUAUGGGUGGAUGGACUGUGGAGGCCUCGCAGCAGAAGCCUCUUUAUGACCAGUGUUGAGCCUUGUGGCCUGAACCUGAACCGUACUUAAGGACAGCAUGGAUCUCACCUGAAGCUACACUCACUCUUGGCGAGUUCAUGGAGCAGAUAUACAGUUCAAGCACCGCCACAAAUACGUACACAGCGUUAAAUGUGUGCACCGCCACUGACCUACGCACGCUCAUGUACCCACCAAUCUAUUGAGUCAUUAUUGGGCAUCGUCAGCAGCACACUGCCAUGUUGUGACUUAUCAUUCCAGUUCUACAGAUAUUACUGCCACCUCGAGGAUGCCCUGAGUCACUGCAGACCAGUAGCGGGAUUCUAAUGGUUUCUGCGUCUCUCAACAGGAGCUCCUCACAAUGGGCUGAUAUAGGUGCUGAGACGAUGGUGAAAGAGCCGUAUAGAAAAACUUGUCUCAUUCUCUUGGUGUUGAUGACAUCCUUUCAGGUCGUCAUCGAGGGCUUUUAUCAUAUUAAAGUGAAAAUUCUAUGUUCUAUCUCUGAAUGAUCCAGUAAUGCACAGGCUUGCAAUAGGUGGACAAGGUCCACCAGCACUAUUCAGUACAAUGAAAACAUUUGGCACGGAUCUGUGUCACCAAUAUUCUGUAUUUAAUUUUAAUUUUAUUGAGUCUUAUAUGCUUGUUUUCUUCAAGUUGUUAUUUGAUUUGUAAGAAGCUGGGGCAUACAAUAUUUUACACCAAUUACACCAACCUUUGAAAUGAUGGAAUCUGUGUAAGGUUAGUUUGACAAUGUAAGGAAUGUAUAAAGGAUAGGCAUUGGUACUGUACAGUAUAUAGUGCUACGUACAAGCUGUAAUGAUAGAAGCUUUUGAUAUGGGCAUUGUCAGCCUGUAGAUACGUCUUAAAAUGGAUAGCCGUAGAGUAGUGAGGGUCAGUGGAAUGUUGAAUGGCAUGAGUAUUUCGUCUUUUGAAAAUGUUGGGUUCUGUGGGUGCUUGUUGAAUUUAUUUUGGACUGAGAGUGACUAUGGAUUUUACAGUGGUUUUGAUAAUGAAAUGCACAAAUAUUUUGUGUUUAGUUAAUGUUUUAUUUACAGUCGUGUCUUGUUAUACUCAAGUUCAGUUUUUUUUGCCAGCAAGGAUAAAGCAGGUUAUGCAGAGUAUUUUUGUAAGUAGUUGUUCUUGCAGAACAGUAACAUACUUAACACUGGUUUACUAUUUCUUAACAGGUAGUGCUGCUAGCACACACACAGACACAUUCUCUGACUUUCUCAGGUUCUUGGUUUUGAUGUCCGACCCAUAAGGACACUGUUUGCACAUCUCCGGGCUACUAACUUACCACAUCACAACACUUUCAGGUUUUUCUUUCAAGCUAUUCCACAAAUAUGCCAUUGAUCACAGUCUACUGCCUUUCUUAUUUAUCAAAUAUAUGUUACUGUAGUAAUUACUGUCUGAAGAUAACUGCCUGUAUAAACUGUUUUUUGCCAGAUCAGCAACUUAAUCGUUACAUAGCAAACACAUUUGAGAUCCACGAUAAUUGUCAUAUCAGCUAAGCACUGUGUGAAUUUUCUGUUGGCUAACAACUCCUAACUGGUGUCAGUGGUGCAUACAAUGCAAUGAAAGCUCAAAGUACUUUAGGCAUAGAAGUUUACAAUUAAAAUAUGACUGCUUUAGUCUAAUUAAACUUGAUACAAUCACUGUACACUUUUUCCUGAUGAGUUAACCAGUUUUUUUUUACAUUUCAUUUUCAUUACAUAAAACUGUGUCCACUGUUGAGCUUUUAGAAUUUUCACUGUUUUGAAAAUCAUCUUAGUUUGAUCGACCAUGUAACUCAAUUACACAUAUGUUCCUGUGUCUCAUUUGUUUUUAGCAUAUGAAAAUGAGACAAGGAACAACACAAUCAUGGCAUUAUACUUAUGUAUGAAUGCAGGCAUUGGUGUCUUAUUAUUGUAUUGCACCAGAUGAAUAAAAUGCAGCUUUUUAUGAA